AGGGCGCCCCGGCAUACCGGGAGGCCCGGACCGCAGGCUUCUGGACCAAGCGACCCGUCUUGUAGGAGCUCUUAAAGGGAGACUCGGCCUGCUCCACGCCUUUUCUGUGGAGAUCUGGUGUGGAAACUGAGGCGGGGGAGGGGCGGAGCGUGGGCACUAGGCCUGAUGUCUUGUCCAAGGCCAGAUAGCACGAAAGCCAGCUCUAGAAUCCGGAGUAGAGACGCCCGUGGCCUCAGAGACGCGGUCGGUGGACCUGACUGAAGGCGACGCCGUUGCCUCAGCAAUCGUUUUUUGACCUUAUGUUCCAGAGGAAGUUCCUGGUGAAGUUCGUGAAUUUAAGGGUAAAGCUGAGAGAAGUGCUGUAUUAGAAGAGAAGCAUCCAAGAGAAGGUUCACAAAUGGUUGCCAUAACAGUGGUGGUUUUUCAGGGUGGUAUGAGAAAUGAAGCCAAUGGGUAGAGACCCAAGGAUCUUAUCUCUAGCUGCUGAAGUUGCAGUAAGUCCUGAGCAGAAUGUCCCUGUUAUACUGUUGAAGUUAAAAGAAAUAAUAAACAACACACCUUUUGGAAGCUCAGAGUUGAAGAAAGUCAAACAAGAUAUAUAUUGUUAUGAUCUCAUUCAGUAUUGCCUCUUGGUCCUCAGUCAAGAUUGUUCUCGAAUCCAGGGUGGUUGGACUACAAUUUCCCAGCUUACACAGAUAUUAAGCCAUUGCUGUGUGGGCUUGGAACCGGGAGAAGAUGCAGAGGAAUUUUACAAUGAAUUACUUCCAUCAGCUGUAGAAAAUUUUCUAGUUUUGGGGAGGCAAUUGCAAACAUGUUUCAUCAACGCAGCUAAGGGUGAAGAAAAAGAUGCAUUACUACACUUUUUUGAAAUUGUGACUGAUUCUCUCUUCUGGCUAUUGGGAGGACAUGUUCAACUCAUCCAGAAUGUACUGCGAAGUGAUCAUUUCUUGCACUUACUACAAACUGACAAUGUUCAGGUAGGAUCUACGGUCAUGACCAUGCUACAGAACAUACUACAGAUCAACAGUGGUGAUUUACUCAGAAUAGAAGUGAAAACCCUGCAUUCAAUUUUAGAUGAAGUUGUUUUCAAACUUUUAUCAACUCCUAGUCCAGUCAUAAGAAGUACUGCUACAAGGCUCCUACUGUUGAUGGCUAAAUCCCAUCAGGAAAUUUUGAUUUUACUGAGACUAAGUGCCUGCUACAAAGGACUCAGAAGUCUACUAAAUAAACAAGAGCCUGGGACAGAGUUUAGUCAAGAACUUAGACAGCUCAUUGGUCUUUUAAGCCCUAAGGUCUAUCAGGAAGUAGAAGAGCAGAAACUGCAUCAAGCAGCUUGCUUGAUUCAAGCUUAUUGGAAGGGUUUCCAGACUAGAAAGAGAUUAAAGAAGCUUCCAUCUGCUGUGAUUACUUUGCAGAGGAGUUUCAGAUCUAAGCGAACAAAGAUGUUACUGAAGCUAAGUAGACAGAAGGAAGAAGAGGACUGCAGAUUACAACUGCAACUUCAAAGGCAGAGAGCCAUGAGACUUUCCCGAGAAUUACGGCUGAGUAUGCUUGAAAUAGUUCAUCCAGGUCAGGUGGAAAAACAUAAUCGGGAAAUAGAAGAGAAAUCAGCAUUGAUUAUCCAGAAACAUUGGAGAGGGUACAGGGAAAGGAAGAAUUUUCGCCAACAGAGGCCAUCUCUUGUGGAGUAUAAAGCAGCUGUCACACUUCAAAGAGCAACUCUUAAAUUCCUAGCAAAGUGCCGUAAGAAAAAGAAACUAUUUGCUCCUUGGCAAGGACUCAGAGAACUCACUGAUGCACGCAGAGUUGAACUGAAGCAACAAGUGGAUGACUAUAUCAGAAGACAUCCAGGCUCUGAGGUAUCAGAUGUGAUCAGCAGGGAGCUCCAUUCCCAAGCACAAGAACGACUGCAACACUACUUCAUGGGCAGGGCUCUAGAAGAGAGAGCCCAACAGCACAGGGAGGCACUGAUGGCUCGGAUCAGCACCAACAUCGAACAGUUGAUGAAAGCACCAAGUCUGAAGGAGGCAGAAGGAAAAGAACCUGAGCUCUUCCUAAGCAGAUCCAGGCCUGUGGCAGCCAAGGCCAAGCAGGCCCAUCUUACCACCCUGAAGCAUAUACAAGCACCCUGGUGGAAGAAGCUUGGGGAAGAGGCAAGAGAUGAGAUUGAUGUCCCAAAGGAUGAACUUAGUAUAGAAUUAGGAACUUUAUUCAUUGGUGGAACCAAACCCCCUUAAGGGAGUUACCUGGAGGAAUGACAAAUUAUAUUUCUAGAGAUUAUAUGGGUUCUGCCUCUGACAUGCUAGUAGACUAGCAUUAUCCUAACUCAUGGUUUUCCAGAGGUUCCUCUCCAAACAAGACUUGAAGGCAGUAAGCAGAGUUAUCUUCUACCUUGAUUUCAGUUCUUUUUCUUUAUCCAUACUUCCAUCCUUGGCCACACAUAAAAAUUGGUAUGACUUUUAUUAUGGAACUAAACUCAGCAUUGUAUUCUAUUGCAUAUAUGAAAUGUGAUAUUUCUAUUUUUGUUUCUGCUGUUUUCCAACUAAAGGUGUUUUCUAAAUAUUUUCAACAACUGUUCUGAAAAACUUGUCAGGGUUACUUCAGCUUUUCACACUUAUUGAUUUUUCUAUUAAUAUAGGAAAUGUGCUCUUGGCAUUUAUUAUGGUGAGGAAAAGAAGUGGUCAUUUGAAAGACAUUUGACUAUUUUCGACCAAACAGUGUUUGAACUCAAUUUGUAUCUUGUUAUUUCUAAGAGGAACUACAUUAAAAAGUCCUCCUAGGAUUCAGUGCAAGAAAAAUUUCUCCUGAUAAAAUUGCAUUCUUUGUAUUAAACUAAGAGAACUAUAUAACA